AUGGUUUUGUCUGUCGGGUCGACUUUGCUCGUGGAAAAAUCCUAUGAGAGUCAACAAUAUUCAAAGUAUAUACUAAAUCCUUACAGAGGCUGGUUGUCGAGAUGUAAGCGCAGUUGGUUAAAGCGCUGCACCGGAAUCGCAGGGCCGCGGAUUCGAUUCCUGCCAGAGGACCUAUGGUGUUGCAUUUUUCGCAGUUGUAAGUUGGAUCAUCUAAGUGAGCAUAUAUAUACACAAUUUAAGACCUAACCAGGACCUGGUUAGGUCUUAAAUUGUGUAUAUACAGGGUGUAUCAAAAAAAACUGAACAGAUUUGAAAUUGCUCUCAAUUUCGCAAAACACCUAUUUUUACCUGUUUUUUUAUAUAUAUAGCUUCUUUGGGUACUUAUAAUGUAAAAUAAUGAAAAAAAUUUCUCGAACUCAAAUUUUGUGAACCAGGGGGGUGUGUCUUUUCCAACAAACUAAAAAUGGCUCGCGCACAAAAUUUAAAAGCUGUAAUAAUAUUUUGAGUUGAUAGAUUGAAAAUUUGUCGGGUUUUUAAUUACUGUACAAAAUUUCAGACAAUUUGGUUUAGUUUAAGCCCUUUAACUAUUCAUUUUGUUCUAAAAAGUCAGCCUUUCGCAUGCUUAAUUAAUGCCUUUACCUAAUUUGCAUAUUGCCGACAUAUGCAAAUUAGGCAAAUGCAUUAAUUAAGCAUGCAAAUAGCUGAUUUUUCGGGAAAAUUGUAACUUUGCGUGAAUAGUUAAGGGCUUAAACUAAACCAAAUUGUCUGAAAUUUUGUACAGUAAUUAAAAUCCCGACAAAUUUUCCAUCUGUUAACUCAAAAUAUGAUUACAGCUUUUAAAUUUUGUGCGCGAGCCAUUUUUAGUUUGUUGGAAAAGACACACCCCCUGGUUCACAAAAUUUGAGUUCGAGAAAUUUUUUUCAUUAUUUUACAUUAUAAGUACCCAAAGAAGCUAUAUAUAUAAAAAAGCAGAUACAAAUAGGUGUUUUGCGAAAUUGAGAGCGAUUUCAAAUCUGUUUAGUUUUUCUUUAUACACCAUGUAUAGAGUUAAAUAGACAAAUGUCGUAAAACUAACCUCUGUGCAAAUAUUGAAAUUGCAGAAUAGACAGCAACUGAAAUCAGGCAAACAUUUCAUUAAAUCCUUCGACACACUUUGUUCUGCAGCCAGCGAUUGAGUCAAGUUGCAAACGACCAACUUUAUUCUCAGAUUUUUCGAUUUGCAACGUCCCGUUAUAUCAUUCACAGUUUACUGUUGAAGCCAUUUUUCAACAUGAUAUGCAAAUUACGAAGGAAAUAGAAUAAACCAUUUUCUGCGAAAAUACAAGCUUCUCAAAGCACUAAUUUAACUACUUAAAAGUACCAAUUGAAAAAUCUAUUUAUUCAGUGGUGCAAUCCAAGUACAACCACCUCAGCAUGGACAAACAGAAAUGGAAUAUCUUGUGACGAUGGACAGAAAUGCACGCGCUCAGAUAAAUGUACAAAUGGUCAAUGUGGCGGGAUCAGUUUUAAGUGUAACACACUGUGUCAAUACUGUGAUGGAAAUGGUUGUAGUUUGAAUACAGGUUUUGGAUAUGUUGCAGGAAAAUGUACUUGUAAAAUAGCAGGUGAGUGGACAUAUAACAAUAAGGCACGAUACCCGAGAUAAAAAAAGUUAGUUUAGUCUAGUGAAAGUGGUCUGAUGAUGAUGUUACUUGUGAUGGUAUGGAAAUGGUAAUAGUGAUUUUAUGAAGUUUCUUAAAGUUUUAAACGUUUUAACAGUAAGGCAUAAUACCCGAGAUAAAAAAAAGUUAGUUUAGUUUAGUGAAAGUGGUCUGAUGAUGAUUUUAAUUUUGAUGGUAUGGAAAUGGUAAUAGUGAUUUGAUGAUCAUGAUAAUGAUGGUGAAAAUAUGUUGGUGAUGAAGUGGUUGCAAUGUUGAUGGUAGUAAUUUAAAUACAAAGCUGUCAUUUGCACUUCGCUUGGUUGAACUAGAAUGCUGAGUUUGGUGGUUAAUCCAAGUGAGCAUAUAAAAACACAAUUUAAGAUCUAACUAGAAACCGUUGCGAAAAAUGCAACACUAGGUCCUCUGGCAUUUUAUACAUUUAUUACGACCUAACCAGGAACAGCUACGAAAUAUCUCUGGCAAGAAUUGAAACUGCGUUCCUGCGAUUUCGUAAAUGUGUCACCUGCGUGGCACCCCACAUAUAUAAACACACAAAAUUACUGACUGGGUCAACUAAGAUCAAACUUACAUUUCUUGGUAACAGGUAAAGAUUACAACCAUCAACAGCUAAACCCAGGCAAUGAAUGCCAAUGGUGCGACCUGUAUGACAAAGCUUCCAAAACAAGCUCUGUGUGGACCAACAAACCCGCGGUUUCUUGUAACGAUGGCAACGCCUGUACGAAGCAAGAUCUCUGUCAAAGCGGCCGAUGUGUGGGCAAGGCAUACAGUUGUCAAUCAUCCUACGCACAGAUCAGUUGCAUACAACGCUCUGAGUGUGUGGGAGACGGUACUUGCAGGGAUAUCAUGAGAACCAAAGGGACAAUAUGCCGUCCAGCUGUGGAUAAGUGUGAUCAACCUGAAAGGUGAGAGGACAGUUCGGUCAACAUGCAUGACGAUUUUUUGAGAGCUAAGUCUUGGAAAACUACGAAACAUUGUUUCCAAGGCAUGUUUCCUAAAGGUGGGCAAAACAAGAAACAUUGUUUCGUGGUGGACAAACAUGGGAAUAUUGUUUCCUAGUCAUGGUUCCUAAAGAUGGGCAAACCAGGAAAUAUUGUUUCCUAGAAAAGGUUUCCCGAAGGUGGGCAAACCAGGAUACAUUGUUUCCUAGUCAUGCUUCCCAAAAGUACACAAACCAGAAAACAUUGUUUCCUAGCCAUGUUUCCUGAAGGUGGGCAAACCAGGAAGCCCUGUUUCCUAGCUAUGUUUCCUGAAAGUGGACAAACCAGGAAACAUCGUUUCCUAGCCAUGUUUCCGUAAAAUAUUGCAUGAAAUUUAAGGCAAAAACUUUCAGCAACAAAAGGUGGCAAUAUGCUGGCAACCUAAAUCCCCCCCCCUCGCCAAUAUUUCACGAAUGACGCGAAGUGCCCGCUACUGGUAGGUAAAAAGAAGACAAAAUAACAUGACCAAAAAUAAAAUAAUUCAGAGUCUAAUUUCUCUUUCACAGAUGUAACGGUGCACUGGGGACAUGUCCACCACGAGUUGUCAACACAAUUAAACUCCAAGGAGGGCAAUCUGCUUUAACUCUUUCAAACUUUGCAAGUUCCAUCGCAUAUCAACCAACCACGGACAAAUUCUACCUCAAACUAACUGGUUUUUCAGUAACAUGUGGUGCCCUCACUAUAAAAUGGUCUUUACUGAAAGGCAAAGACAGCUGUGCUCUUGGUAAAAACCCCGGUAACCUGCCCAACACAAACAACCACGUCCUUAGCCGGUUAACUUUACAAAACGACGAGGCAUAUAAAGUGGUUGUACAGACUUACGAUAUUCGUGGACAGUUUGGGUUGCCUGUAUGUAGCAACGCGGUUACCAUAGAUACCAGCAGGCCGAGUGGAGGAUGGAUUCGCGAUGGCCUGGGCUCGACAGACGUUCAAUUCCAAUCAAGUAAAACGAUCAGUACAACCUGGGGUGGUUUUAAAACAACUCAUGGUAUAGCAAAGUAUGAGAUAGCUGUGUACCAUAAAAACACUGUCUUACAAUCUUUUACAAAUGUCAACCUCAAAGCAUCUUUUUCCAAAACAUUUUCAGUAAUCACAGAUGGCAGUAACAUUAUCACAAAAGUCAGAGCAUUUACAAAGGCAGGUCUUUAUACGGAAAUUUCCAGCAAUGGAGUGACGGUCGAUACCUCCAAGCCUAAACCAGGGACGGUCUCGGACGGCCCGUCCUCCGAUCUCAAGUAUGCUAGCUGGACUAAGACCUACGAUGCAAGCUGGACUCAAUUCACUGAUGCUCACACACCUAUUGUCGAGUACAAGCUCGGCGUGAAAAGAAAAGAUGGCGGAUUGGUUUCGUCCGGGUUGACUUCGAUCGGUCUGGGACGUGUCGGUCAAGUGUCGGGAUUGACUCUAACCUCGGGGGUCCAGUAUUGUGCUAUUGUGGAAGGGGUCAACGCGGCCGGUCUUAGUACCCAGGCAUCUUCCGACUGUCUCCUCAUAGACCACUCUGCACCGCGACCUGGCACGGUCAAUGAUGGAACCUCGGAAGACGUCGACUAUCAAUCGGCGGACAACGUAUUCCACGCAAACUGGAAUGGAUUUGACGACGGGCAAAAGGGUAGCGGACUUGCGGAAUAUAGAUACAAAUUAACGGAUAAGAAUAACAAAGAUAUUACGUCAUGGGCUUCUGCUGGUCUUCAAACUAAAAUCACUAUUACAGGGUUAAGCCUUUCAAAUGGUAAUACGUACUAUCUGACAGUACGAGCAGUUGAUAAAGUCGGACAUUACAUUGAAGUCAAAUCAGACGGAGUGUUUAUCGAUAUAAGCCAUCCAGUUUAUACAGGCAGUUUGAGCGUCCAGGGUGAGACAGCUCAAAAGAAUGGCGAGACAGUGGUGUAUAUCAGAGAUAAAGACUCCGUGAAAGUCUCCUGGCCACAGUUUGUAGACGAACAUAGCGGGAUGAGGAAAUAUCAAUGGACUAUUGUCGAGAAGAAUGUGCAGCCAACAUCGUGGAAAGAUGUACCUGGAGUUAAACUUGCUACCCAAGCUGUUCUAAGGUGAGAAUUCCAGCUUUUCGCCAAGCAAUCACUAUGAAUAAGCUGCUUUAGCAUAUACUCCAGAGAUGCAUUAGCAUAGUGCUUUUCCCACAAUUUCAUUGAUUGUUCAGCACCAGAUAUCCUUGCACUAUUCACCUUCGGACAAAAACAAUAUGUCUUCCCGUUGUCGUCCGGUAUAAACAGGCGAGCAAAUCUUUUACUAAACCAAGCUUCAGUUUCUCCAAACACAAAGAAAGCUACAAAGUUUUGUCUAACAGUGUGUAUAGGUAUUCUUUAAAAUUAUUUCCAAUGAAUAAAACCACCAAAAGAUUGUAAAUACUGUUUUGAUAUUCGCUGUGUUAAUGUACUCAGGUGAAUAAGAUGCUUGUGCGAUGUUACUCUGAGUGUAUAUCCACACCGUGUAGGCUCGAACCGACCUGACCGCGUAGCUCAGAUGGAAGAGCAUUGGGCUAGUAUUCCAAAGGUCGUAAGUUCGAAUCCCACCGUGGCCAGUGAUUGUUUUCAAGCCUGCCCGUUGUGGAUAUACACUCAGAGUAACAUCACACAAGCAAAAUACUGUUAUAUUUACGACUAUGGAGGGAAGCUGUAAUUCAAAUUGUUUAUUUCCGUUGCUUUUUGAUGGUGUUUGCUCUGUUAUCAAAGACGCCAAAACAAUCGCCCUUGCUAAAAAUUUGCCAGAGUGCCAUAUCAGAUCGAGGCGAAGAGAGAACGUUUGUCCUCUUCGACAACCUUUGUUCUGUUCAAAUAAUAUAUUAUAUGUAUACAUAUUAUCUUUCCACUUUGUUUCAAUUUAGAUCACUCUCGCUAACAAACAACAAAGAAUAUCAACUGACUAUACGUGGCAUUAACAACGCUGGUCUUUAUGCAGACAUAAAAUCACCCCUACUCAUCCCGUUAAGUGAAACUCCCGAUCUCGGUAAGGUGUCGGACGGCGAUGACCCGACGAUAGAUAUCGAUUACCAAACGAACACAUCCGAAAUUUACGCAACUUGGAAAGGUUUUGAAAAACCGAGCGUUAAAGUUCGAGCUUACUUUAUUGCUGUCGGUAGCUGCAUCAAAGGAAACUAUCACGUGACUAAUAACCAGUUUAUACCGGUUAAUCCAGCCACGGCUACCUCGUUUGGAAUACAAGGACUGAGUCUGAUAAACGGUCAGAAAUAUUGUAUUAAAAUCAAAGCAGAAAAUCUAGCCGGGAUUCAAACUCAGCCUGUCUCCUCGGACGGAUUCAUAGUUGACGUGAACCCCCCUGAUCUGAAACGGGCGAUGGUAUUAGACGGUAGUGGCGAUGAUGAUAUAGAUUAUCAGUCAAGCAGGAGGGAGUUGUCUGCUACCUGGACCGGGAUCCAUGAUCACGACUCGAGGAUAAAGAAUUUCGAAGUUGCAGUCAGUCGGAAUCGGGUUGGCCAACCAGAUGUGAAGUCAUUCAUAGACGUUGGCCAAAACACGUCAGCAAAAAUAUCUGGGCUAAGUUUGCACAACGACGUAUAUUACGUGAUAGUGUGUGCUAUAAAUAACGCAGAAUUAAAGUCAUGCCUAGCUUCGGAUGGAGUCCUUAUUGAUCCAACCCCUUCAACAUCCGGUGUAGUGCACGACGGGAUACUAGAACCGGAUGUUCGUUACCAGUCUUCCACGACAAAGAUGAGCGCGAACUGGGAACGAAUCUGGGAUUUGGAAAGCAGAGUGGAAAGAUUCGAAUGGGGGAUUGGGGAAAAGGAUCCGGGAUCUGUGUUGAACUUUGUUGAUGUAGGUCUACAAACUCACGUGACAACUAAGAAAGUGUUAUCUCUACAACAUGGUCAUAAUUACACAGUAUUCUUGCGCGUGUACAACAGAGCGGGAGGUGUGCGUGAGUUGAGAUCCAAUGGAGUCACUAUUGAUACCACUCCCCCCACGGCGAGUCACAUUACGCUGGGAUCAGAGUGGCGUUUCGCCCAAGAGACUGGGACCUAUUAUUCAUCUACUGCGUCGGGUAUAUACGUGACAUGGGGCAAUUUCAAGGAACCUGAGAGUGAAAUAUGGUACUACAAGUGGGCGAUAGGGACAUCAAAAUGCGGCACGCAGGUUCAACCGCUCAUAAACAUCGGUUCAGCGACGAGUGCCAACACUACCGGAAAUGAACUGGACUUCAGGUCAGGAGUGCCUUAUUACGUCACAGUGGUAGCGCGAAACCGAGCCGACCUCGUAUCACGUGCUUGCUCGUCACCACUCCUUUUUGACCACACUCCGGCCAAGGCUGGCAGCAUCCGGGUAACUUCACAUACGGGGACCGAGAAAACCUACUUCAGUUCUGACGAGGACCCACGCGUAACCUGGUUCGAUUUUGAGGAUAUGGAAAGCGGAAUAGAAAUAUAUGAAAUUUCAGCAAUGCAAUCUAAUACAUCCGUGCUGAACUAUACUUUUAACUCAACCCAAGUCCAGUUUGACAUUUCACUUCGUAGCUUGCCACAAGGAACGGGAUAUACCAUAGUCUUUAAGGCUAUCAACUAUGCAGGACUAGUAACCACAGUUUAUUCAAAACGUUUCACCAUAGAUAACACUCCGCCAUUUUAUACCGGACUUGAAGAGGCACUUCCUCGACGAAGCUACCAGUCUCAUUCCCACACACUUAAAGUAUCUUGGGAACGAUUUGCAGACAAUGAAAGCCCUGUAGAAUUUUAUGAAAUCGGCGUAGGAACAAGGGCAUUCCAAGACGAUAUACACGAAUUUACCAGAACUGGUUUGCGUAAAGAUUUUGAGUUUACUGCUUUGGAUCUAAAGGAUAAUCAAGGAUAUUAUGUUACAGUCAGGGCUAGCAAUGCAGCAGGGCUCAUGACGUCGUUGUUAUUACAAGUUCUGGUCGUUGACCAAACUGCACCAACAGGACAAAAUGGAAGUGUCAAAGAUGGACGUUCAGAACGCGAUAUUGAUUUCAUCUCGAUCAAUGAUUCUGUCUCUGCCACUUGGGAGAAUAUCACAGAUCUAGAAAGUGGUGUAGAUAAGUUUGAAUAUUGCGUGGGCACCACUCGCUUCAAUUGUUUGAUCAAACCGUUCACUUCAAUAGGACAAAACACAUCAUUUGUAUGUCAAGACUGUAAAAUACACGGGGAUGUGAAAGUGUUUUCGAGAGUCAGGGCGACUAACAAAGCGGGGUUGUCCGCUAUAUUUUCUUCAAAUGGCGUCACUGUGGAUUCCAGUACUCCGCAAAUAGGCCGCGUACUUGAUGGAGAUAGGGCAGCAAGUCCAGACGUUGAGAAGGUCGAUCGUGAUUGGCUGCCUACAGUCACGUGGUACGGAGCACAAGAUAUUCAAAGUGGACUUCGGGAGUGUCAAUGGAUCAUCCUGAGGCAUGAUCGGAACGGCAAGCUUGUCGUUUAUGACAAAACCAUUGAUGAAGCUAACACAACGUAUAACGUACGUCAUGCGGAAAGAGCCGCUGACCCACUACAAUUAACCACCAAUGCUUCGUAUUUUAAUGCCAUCCGCUGCACCAAUAACGCGGGUGUCACUAGUUACCAGUACUCUAACGGUUGGUCAGUAGUCGACCAAUGGCCUGUGACGUCAUAUGUUUAUGAUGGACUUGGAUCAUGUGAUUUGGAAUAUGACAUCAUUGGCGAAACACUUGGUGCGUCAUGGGGAGCAUUCUAUGGCGAUUCAAAAGACCCAGUCAUAAGAUACGAGUGGGCUGUGGGGACUUCAGGAGCACCCGAGGGUAUCAUGGAGUACACAGAGGUAGGAUUGGAUACAAGAGUUUCAAAAUCGCUAUCUGACAGCGACAUCGAGCUGCAGCCUGGUGUAAGGUAUUACGUCACUGUCCGUGCGACUUCAUUGAGCGGAAGGACUAGUAACAAGUCUUCAAACGGAUUCAUUGUGGACAAGACCGCACCGACGGAAGGCGUGGUUACAGUGGCUCACAAAAUUUUGAACCAAACUGCAAAUGAAGUCGAUUAUACCCUAACUUGGGAUGGUUUUAAAGAUUUAGAAAGCGGGAUUCGUGGUUAUGAGUUUUGUUUGGGCUAUAUCAAAGAUGUCUGUUCGACUGCCCCUACAAAUGCCGGUUUAAUACUUCAAGGAACUGUUCAGCACUUCACACCAGCCGACCUGAGCAGACCAUUCUAUGGCAUUGUCAUAGCAACGAACAAAGCAGGCUUGAAAACAACCGUUAGUUCGGAUGCAAUCAAAAUUGACUUCACCCCACCCAUAGCGGGGACGGUAAUUGAUGGCGUUGGCAAAGACCUCGACUAUCUUAACGACAGUGUUGCCUUGGUUACCACAUGGUCCGGGUUCACAGACCCGCAGUCUGGUAUCGAGAAAUGUAGGCUUACCAUCAUCGAGGAGGGACCUACCGGACCUUUUCUCGUUCUAAGAUUGACGGUCAAAGCAAACGGGUCUAUUCCUCAUAAAUUCAUUCUAAUACCAGGCAUCAAAUAUGUCGCGACAGUCGAAUGCAGAAACCCUGACGGUUUUAAAACCUCAGUUUCUUCUAAUGGCGCGAUUUGUGACAAGACUCCUCCAAUAACGGGUAAAAUAUUUCACGGAACUGAUCGGAAUUCCGACAUUCGCUAUCAGUCUUCUACAAACGCCCUCAGCGUACACUGGAGUCCAGGCAGAGAUCCUCAAAGUGGCGUGAAGGAGUAUUUAGUGGCCGUAGGAACUGGACCCGAUCGCGAUAACAUACGCGGAUUCGCCACGGCUGGCAUGGCGACUGAUGUGCAAGUCGUGAAUCUCACUAUGAAUUCUGGAUCCACUUAUUACGUCACGUUAGAAGUUGUGAAUAAUGCUGGAUUGAGGUCACGUGUUUCGUCAAGCGGUGUAAGAGUUGACGCGACACCUCCAAUAAUAAGCAAGGUAAAUAUCAGGAAUUUGGCCAUCCCGCUCAAUCUCACUCGAUAGAACUAUGGAAAUUUCAAAAAUCUCACACGCAAAAAUCUCACAUCUUGUAGCAAGUCUGCCAACAAACCGUCAACACGUUAUGUUCGCACUGCUUGUCCCAAGCGGACAACAGUUUGGAACAAGCUGUUAACAACAUGUAACAACCUUGUUGAUAGUAUCAGACUUGUUGCAAGGUUGUUCCAACAUGUCCGAUACAGUCACGACAUAAGAAUAUUGUUACAACCUUGUCCCGUCAAUCUUGUAACAUCGUCAACCCAUCAUAGACGGAUUUUCUGGGGGGGGUGCAGGGGGGUGCUACCCCUCCAAUAUUAGCUAUAACCCCCCCCCCCCAAACAAAAUGUUCACCCCUCCAAAAAAUUUUCAACCCCCCACCAAUAUUCGGCAUAAUAACUAAUUAAAUAGUCCACUCCAACGUGCAGAGUGUUGAUGAUGCAAAAUAAACGUAGGAGUACACUCGAACAGAAAAAGACAGUGCAACACUCUGAAACUAAUCGCUCCUCGCUUGCAUUCACUGGUUUAUUGGAGCAAUUGUAAAGUUUUGAAACUCUAUUAUCUCCACUGAAUAGAGUUUGCAGUGCCUUGCACGCAAGGAACGUUUGGAAUUUUUACGAACACUAUUUUUAGUUUUUAAUUCUUUUAGGAAAUAGACUUGCCUAGAUUUAAUCUUUACGCCCCAAAUAUUAUUUACGUCGUAGUUGCAUCAUAAAUUGUACUCGGAUUCAAACAACACAAUGUCAAUAACUUUAUAAAAGUAAAAGCAUAUUGUGUAUUGGCCUAUUGGGUUUACACUUUUAUAGGUUCAUUUAACUUUAAGUCUUUAACUCUCUCAAGUCUUAACAGACAAUCGGACAUGCCAAAUCCAUUUAUAUGACAAAUUGACAACUUCAAAAAACUUUUUUCGAAGCUAGAAAUCAAAAUACUUUGUUUUCUGCUCUCUAGACUCCCCCUCGCGGCUCUAGUGCUCCACCCCUAGAAUAUAGACCUUACUGGGAUUUGGUGACUCUGUGUUGCUUCAGUCACCUGCUCACGGCUCACCCCCCCCCCUAAAAUUUCUGGCACCACCCCAGUAAUAAAUAUGAAAAUCCGUCUAUGCAACCCAUUCAUUCAUUGCCAGCAACUUUAUAUUUUUAAAUAACUGACAUGCCUAGGUACCUUUGUUUUGAUAAUGUAAGUAUGGAAUGAAACAAAGUUAACCAAGCAUUUAAAUUAUAUAUGAGUAAUGAAUGAGGUCACAAUGGCGUUAAAAAAAAUUUUUUUGCUAACCUGUGAUGUAUUUGCAACCAUUCGUAUUUUACCUCACUCAUUUCAGGUAAAUCUUCAAUCCUCGGACACAGUGCCAGGGUUUAUCGGACCAGGAUACUACCUGAAUGGAAAUUGGAACACGUAUGACGAUGAGAGUGAUAUAGACUUCACUGAAUACUGUAUUGGUACAACCACUGGCGGUUGCCAAGUAGAAGACAUGAGACGUAUGCCUGAAAACCAGACAAGUGUCACUUGCUUUGAAUGCAAGCUAAAACACAAGCAUACUUAUUUCAUGACUAUACGAGUCUGGAACAAAGCGGGGUUAUUUAAUUUAGCCACCACAGAAGGGGUAACCGUAGACCUAACCCCACCCACCGGCGGAGAAGUUGUAUUAAACCCACCCUACAUGCCUUGUUUGGAAACGUGUAGCCUGCGUGCGACAGUCAGUGGCUUUAUAGACGAAGAAAGUGGAAUUAAAGACUGUGAGUUUAUCGUCAAAACUAGCAACGGGACAAUUGUGACUCCAGCGCAAACUACAACAAGCCAGGAUCAUAUACUGGCUGCUAACUUGACACUAACACAUGGAGAAAGUUACAAUAUUGUUGUUGCUUGUUUAAACUCGCUGGGGGUAAGAAGCAUGGAAGUUGAUUCGUCGCCAGUAAGAAUCGAUAAUACUCCACCGGAAAAGGUAAAGUCAUUCGCAACUGUAGACGGCGCUCCCAGGAUAGUCAGCUCCAGGCGUAAUGAGGGGCAAAAAUUAAAAGGGCAAAAAAUAGAAAAUUAUGCCCCCACCAUGCAAAAGCUGGUAUUUGGAUAAUUAAUGGUCAACAGCUAGAAAGAGCAUGUCAAAAUUAGUACAAUUGCAAAGUAUGGUUGCGAAAUGUUGUAAAAUGAGGAAAAUAUAGCCUUAUGAAGUUCACGGUAAAAAUAACCACUUUCGGCUCAAAAAUGGUUAUAACUUUUCACGCGCGUAAUACAAAUCUAUACAAAAUUUGCGAACUUCACAGGGGCUAUAUUUUCCUCAUUUUACAACAUUUCACAACCAAACUUUGCAAUUUUACAAAUUUUAACAUACUCUUUCUAGCUGCGAUAAUCGAUUUUGUUCUUCUUGCCUAGAUCAAAAUUUAGUCUAUAACUGGAAUUGCCAAUUACUCAUUUAGUUUACUCUGCCCCCGCAAAGCAAGACAAACUUUUGCUAAUUUCUCAUUUAAUCAAUUCAUUCUUGGGCAACAUCCAUUAGUGCCACAAAUUUUCACAUUGAUACGUUUGAUAAUACGUUUAGUAAGUUAGACAGACACACAUACAGGGUUUAUAAAAAAAGUAAUCCAACUUGAUUAUCCCAUCUUAGGGUCUGGUGAUAAUCAGUCCAGAUUCAAACCACGACAUACGACAUCAGCAUACGGGAUGUCACUUCCUCAACACAACACUACGUGUUUACUGGACUGGUUUCCAUGACAACGAAUCACAUAUUGCUGGAUUCCGGGUCGCUAUUGGUCGAGCCCCACUGGGAGCGGACAUCAUACCAUAUAAAGACUUAAAGAUUGACUCGGAAGCUAGGUUUGAGUUAAGUCAGCAAUAUGGACUGUCUCGAGGUGAUACAAUAUUUGCAACAGUUGAGGCAACAAAUCGAGCUGGGCUUAUCACAAAAGUUUCGUCGCAACCUACAAGACUUCUAUCUGAUACAGACAACAACCUACUUAACCAGCAAGAUUUUCUAUGUGUAAAUCUUUGA